AUGUCUGUCAACAAACUCGCAACUUGCCUCUGGUUCGACGGCCAAGCGGAAGAAGCUGCCUCGUUCUAUACCUCCAUUUUCAAGAACUCCAAAAUUACGAAGCGCCAGUAUUACUCCAAAGCUGGCCAGGAGACACACGGGCGUGAGACAGGCAGCCUCAUGACGAUCGAAUUCGAGCUCAAUGAUCAGAAGUUCGUCGGCCUUAACGGGGGCCCGUACUUUAAAUUCAACGAGGCAAUCUCUAUCAUGAUUAACUGCAAGGACCAGGCCGAGGUCGACUACUACUGGCACAAGCUCGGUGAGGGCGGCGAUAAGACCAAGAGGAAAUGCGGCUGGCUGGCGGACAAGUUCGGCCUGUCGUGGCAGAUCGUGCCCGAUGAGGUCUCCGAAGUGCUGAAUAGCCCAGAGACAGAGAAACGGGACCGUGCGUAUAGUGCUAUGAUGCGCAUGGAGAAGCUGGAUGUGGACGAGCUACGCAGAGCUUUCAAUGGGAAAUAA